GCCGGAAUCAUGUCGAGUUUGUCGGUGAGAGACCCGGCCAUGGAUCGGUCGCUGCGUUCCGUGUUCGUGGGGAACAUUCCGUAUGAGGCCACUGAGGAGCAGUUGAAGGACAUUUUUUCGGAGGUGGGUUCCGUUGUCAGUUUCCGGCACGUAUACGAUAGAGAGACGGGGAAACCCAAGGGUUAUGGCUUCUGCGAGUACCAAGACCAGGAGACCGCGCUUAGUGCCAUGCGGAACCUGAAUGGGCGGGAGUUCAGCGGCCGGGCGCUGCGGGUGGACAAUGCGGCCAGUGAAAAGAACAAGGAGGAGUUGAAGAGCUUGGGGCCUGCGGCGCCCAUCAUUGACUCCCCCUAUGGGGACCCUAUCGACCCGGAGGACGCCCCUGAGUCAAUUACCCGGGCAGUCGCUAGUCUCCCCCCGGAGCAGAUGUUUGAGCUGAUGAAGCAGAUGAAGCUCUGUGUCCAAAACAGCCACCAGGAAGCGCGAAACAUGUUGCUUCAGAACCCGCAACUGGCUUAUGCGCUGUUGCAGGCGCAAGUGGUGAUGAGAAUCGUGGACCCAGAGAUUGCUCUGAAAAUUCUGCAUCGCAAGAUACACGUUACACCGCUGAUCCCAGGCAAAUCUCAGCCUGUGUCUGGUCCUGUCGCCGGCCCUGUCGCCGGCCCUGUCGCCGGCCCCGUCGCUGGCCCCGUCUCUGGCCCCGUCUCUGGCCCUGGCCCUGGCCCUGGGCUCUGCCCAGGACCUAAUGUGUUGCUGAACCAGCAAAACCCUCCAGCUCCUCAGCCCCAGCAUUUGGCUAGAAGACCUAUGAAAGACAUCCCUCCUCUGAUGCAGACCCCUAUCCAGGGUGGAAUUCCGGCCCCGGGGCCCAUGCCAGCUGCAGUUCCUGGACCUGGUUCUUUAACUCCUGGUGGAGCUCUGCAGCCCCAAGUUGGAAUGCCAGUGGUUGGUCCUGUGCCUUUGGAGCGGGGACAGAUGCAGAUGUCGGAUCCUAGAGCUCCUAUGCCACGUGGACCCAUGACUGCUGGUGGACUACCUCCCCGAGGGUUGUUGGGAGAUGCUCCAAAUGACCCGCGUGGAGGGACUUUGCUUUCAGUCACUCACACUGGAGAAGUGGAGCCCAGGGGCUAUCUUGGGCCACCUCAUCAGGGCCCUCCCAUGCACCAUGCCCCUGGUCAUGACGGCCGUGGCCCUUCCUCACAUGAGAUGAGGGGAGGGCCCAUCACGGAUCCUAGAAUGCUAAUUGGAGAGCCCAGAAGACCGAUGAUAGAUCAAAGGGUUCUACCUCUGGAUGGUAGAGGUAGUAGAGACUCUCGAGGGAUGGAGACCCGAGCCAUGGAAACUGAGGUCUUAGAGGCAGGAGUGAUGGAGAGAAGAGGAAUGGAGACCUGUAAAAUGGAAGCCAGGGGCAUGGAUGGAAGAGGAAUGGAGAUACGGGGCCCUGGCCCCAGUUCAAGAGGCCCUAUGACCAGUGGAAUCCAGGGUCCUGGUCCCAUUAAUAUGGGGGCUGGUGGUCCACAGGGACCCAGGCAGGUCCCAAGCAUUUCAGGGGUGGGAAAUCCUGGAGCUGGCAUGCAAGGAGCAGGCAUGCAAGGACCAGGUAUGCAGGGAGCAGGCAUGCAGGGACCAGGCAUGCUGGGAGCAGGUAUGCAGGGAGCAGGCAUGCAGGGAGCAAGCAUGCAGGGAGGAGGCAUGCAAGGGGCAGGCAUGCAGGGAACAGGUGUACAGGGGGCAAGCAAGCAAAGUGGAGGCCAGCCUAGCAGUUUUAGUCCUGGGCAGAGCCAAGUCACUCCACAGGAUCAAGAAAAGGCAGCUUUGAUCAUGCAGGUUCUUCAACUGACUGCAGAUCAAAUUGCCAUGCUGCCUCCUGAGCAAAGGCAGAGUAUCCUGAUUUUAAAGGAACAAAUCCAGAAGUCUACUGGAGGUUCUUGAAAUACUUCAUAGUAAUCCCAGAAAGUUUUUUUUUUCUUUUUCUUUUUCUUUUUUUUCUUUUUAGCAUGGAGAAUGGGUGCAAAAAGCUGACUACUGCAUCCCCACAGUUGAAUGAUUAGGGCAGAACCUAAUCUCUUUUGUUGUUCUUUUUUUUUUUUUUUUUUUUUUUUUUUUCCUGUUUUCCUUUUUAUUUUUAAUUGGGAGGGGGAAGAAUGGGUCUGUUCACUGUAAUUCACUGUAAAUAUACAAAAAUAACUCUGAAAGGGAUACUAUACCAAAUAAGAUUACAAAUAAUAUGCAGCAAUACUAAAAGUGUGUACAAUAUGUUAACUUCUUUUAAAAACAAUCCUAUCUA